AUGAUAGAGGAUACAAUGACUUUGCUGUCUCUGCUGGGUCGGAUCAUGCGUUACUUCUUGCUUAGACCGGAGACCCUGUUCUUGCUGUGCAUCAGCCUGGCCCUGUGGAGUUAUUUCUUCCACACGGAUGAGGUGAAAACCAUUGUUAAGUCCAGCAGGGAUGCGGUGAAGAUGGUGAAGGGCAAGGUGGCCGAGAUCAUGCAGAAUGACAGGCUCGGGGGGCUAGACGUGCUGGACGCAGAGUUCUCCAAGACCUGGGAGUUCAAGAGCCACAACGUGGCUGUCUACUCCAUCCAAGGCCGGAGGGAUCACAUGGAGGACAGGUUCGAAGUAAUCACUGACCUGGUGAACAAGACUCACCCCUCCAUCUUCGGGAUAUUUGAUGGGCACGGAGGAGAGUCGGCAGCAGAAUAUGUGAAGUCCCGCCUGCCUGAAGUCCUAAAACAACAUCUUCAAGACUAUGAGAAGGACAAGGAGAACAGUGUGCUGUCUUACCAAACCAUCCUGGAACAGCAGAUUUUAUCAAUUGAUCGAGAAAUGCUGGAAAAAUUGACUGUAUCCUAUGAUGAAGCAGGUACAACUUGUUUGAUCGCACUGUUGUCAGAUAAAGAGCUCACAGUGGCCAACGUUGGUGAUUCGCGAGGAGUCUUGUGUGACAAGGAUGGGAAUGCUAUCCCCUUGUCACACGAUCACAAGCCCUACCAACUGAAAGAGAGGAAGAGGAUUAAAAGAGCUGGUGGUUUUAUCAGCUUUAAUGGCUCCUGGCGCGUUCAGGGGAUCCUGGCCAUGUCCCGCUCGUUAGGAGAUUACCCUCUGAAGAACCUGAAUGUUGUCAUUCCUGACCCCGAUAUUCUUACCUUUGACCUGGACAAACUGCAGCCAGAGUUCAUGAUCUUGGCGUCGGAUGGUCUGUGGGAUGCUUUCAGCAACGAGGAAGCCGUCCGAUUCAUCAAGGAACGCUUGGAUGAACCACACUUCGGUGCAAAGAGUAUAGUUCUACAGUCCUUUUACAGAGGAUGUCCUGAUAAUAUAACAGUGAUGGUGGUGAAGUUCAGGAAUAGCAGCAAAACAGAAGAACAGUAA